AACUAUCCUAAAAUGUGUGUUUUCGUUCAGUGGGUCGAGCCUAUCACUUCCCAUCACCCCUCCGCCUAUCCAGUGCGUGUUCUCUGCAUUCUCAUUAACCCGACGCCCUCCCGCUAUGGCGUCGUUCCCGAAGCAGAGGGCGCUAUGGGCGUCCCUCUCCAGACGAGCCCUCAUCUCCCGCCCUCUCGUGACCUCCAGCAUCCAAGGUCAGAUGGCAGUUCCCCUCGAGGACGAGCUGAGAAGUGCCAAACCCCUUUCGGAAAUGCCCGGACCGAAGGCAUAUCCCGUGAUUGGUUCUUUCCCUGACAUGUUCAAGCAGUUCGACCCCAAAGCAUAUCACAAGUACUACCUGGGAGCCUGUGCCAAAUACGGUUCCACCUUCCGAAUGGUAGUGCCUGGCUUCGGCCCUAUGGUAUUAACGACCAAGCCCGACGACUGUGAGAAGCUACUACGCAUUACUAUGCACAACCCCCUCCGCCUGCCCAUGGCUUCCCUGAAGGCGGUGAGAGACAAUGCCGUCGAGGACUUCUUCGAGAAAAAGGGAGGGAUACUGGUCGAGAACGGAGACGAGUGGUGGAGAGUGCGGAGCAGAGUCCAGACCCCGAUGAUGAAACCAAAGGUAGUGGGGACUUAUCUUCAACAGAUGGAUCAAGUAUCAGUCGAAUUCAUGGACAGGAUCGCAGAAAUGCAGGCAGAACACGGGGAAAUGCCAAGUAACUUCCAGUUUGAACUGUAUAAAUGGGCACUCGAAUCCGUUGGUCUGGUGGCACUGAAUCGCCGUCUAGGAUGCCUUAAUCCUAGCAUCCACGAGGAUUCGGAUGCUCUGAGGCUGAUUGAGAUCGUCAAUGACAUAUUCCAAGCCCUGAACGAUACUGAAACAUCAUUGGGACUGUGGAAGCUUUUCCCAAUCAAACCGUACAAGAAGCUGAAAGAGAGACAUGAACAAUUCUUAGACAUUGCAGUCCGUAGCAUUCAGCAGACAGAGGCCAGUAUUUUGGCACAGGAUCCUGACAUUGACCAUGAAGUGUCCUUGAUGGAAUCGCUUCUCAUGACGGAAGGACUCACGAAGAAGGACGUCGUCACACUGAUCCUGGACAUGUUGUUUGCAGGCAUUGAUACGACUUCCCACACGCUUGGGUUUACUCUCUACCAGCUGGCACGUAACCCCGAGAUCCAAGCCAAGUUGCAGGAGGAGGUAGACACAGUCCUGGGUGAUCACGAGGGUCCACUCCUUCCCAAACACAUGGCGCAGUUCUCAUACAUGAAGGGAGUGAUCAAAGAAACCCUGAGGAUAUUUCCAUUGACUCUUGGUGUGGGAAGGACUGUAGACAAGGACUGCGUGCUUUCAGGGUACGCCAUUCCGAAAGGGACCGUAAUACUUGCCUUAAGCAUGGUCUCGGCCUGGGAUGAGAAGUACUUCCCGCGAGCCAAGGAGUUCAUCCCGGACAGGUGGCUGCGCGGGCGGCCUCUGGGACCCAUCCACCCGUACGCCUCCCUCCCCUUCGGCGCCGGCACCAGGAUGUGCAUCGGCAGGAGGAUCGCGGAGCAGGAGAUGUACACCUUCCUGGCGAGGACAAUGCAGCGGUACUCGGUGGACUACAAAUACAAGGACGUGGACAUCCUCACCCGCCUCGUCUUCGUGCCGUCGGAGCCUCUCAGGUUUAGCUUCACCGAGCGCAGGAAGUAAGGUUCUUGAGAGCAAAGGUUCUUCAGGCUUUCUUCAUGACCAUCCAGUUUGAUUUUGUUCACAACCUUCAUGACCCAGUAUGGCCACUGUCGUAAUUUUCUCUCAACCCGAUAACAGUUUAUAUAUAUAUAUAUAU